CGGCGCCAGGAUUCAGAGCAUUUCCGCCAGACGCAAACUAGAGCGAGAGGCGCGCGCACCUCCUGCCUGCGUGGCCGCUUGCCGUCUUCCUCUCUUCUGCUCCACCUCUCUCGCUCCACUACUUAGCUGCCGGUUGCUCUCUUCUCUGCUCUCGACAUCUGCUGCUACUUUGCUUAGCCAGAGGCCCAGGAGUUCUGCUGAUCCUGUCUUCUUCUAGCUGGUACGCAGUAUGUCGACCUCACAGUUUCAGAUAUAUUUCUGGUGCUUUCUCCUAUUUGCCAAUGUUGGUAUAUCCACAUCCUUACCUCUGGAAAGAGAUGCACUCCUCGACGUCAAAAGUCAUCUACAUGAUCCAGAAAAUUACCUAAGCAACUGGGAUCAAUCUCACCCAGCGUGUGAAUUUUACGGUGUAACGUGUGAUAAAAUUUCUGGUGAGGUCACUGGAGUAUCACUCUCAAAUGCCUCACUAUCAGGCACAAUAUCACCAUCAUUUUCUAUUCUCCGCCAAUUAAAUACUUUGGACCUCAGUGCAAAUUCCCUCACAGGCACUAUUCCUGGUACACUGACUAACUGCACAAAUUUGCAAGUUCUUAAUUUGUCAGUGAACAGUUUGGCAGGCCAAUUGCCCAAUCUUUCAUCAUUGUUCAAACUAAAAGUUCUUGAUUUAUCAACAAAUAAUUUUUCUGGUGCCUUCCCUAUAUGGAUCAGCAAAAUAUCAGGCUUAACUGAACUAGGCCUAGGAGAGAACAAUUUCGAUGAAGAUUAUGUUCCUGAAAGUAUUGGACUCCUGAAGAACCUGACAUGGCUAUUUUUGGGGCAAUGCAACCUUAGAGGAGAGAUACCAGCUUCAGUCUUUGACUUGGAUUCACUUGGGACUCUGGACUUCUCACGCAAUCAAAUGACCGGUGUGUUCCCGAAGGCAAUAUCCAACUUGCGCAACCUGUGGAAGAUUGAGCUCUACCAAAACAAUCUGACUGGUGAAAUUCCUCCUGAGCUUGCACAGCUGACUUUGUUAUCUGAAUUUGAUGUGUCCCAGAAUCAACUUAGUGGUGUACUGCCCAAGGAAAUCGUUAGACUGAAGAAGCUUAAGGUCUUCCAUAUAUACAGGAACAACUUCCAUGGUGAGCUCCCUGAAGGACUUGGGGACUUGCAGUUUCUUGAGUCAUUUUCAACCUAUGAAAAUCAGUUCUCAGGAAAGUUCCCUGCCAACCUGGGCCGGUUCUCACCACUCAAUGCAAUUGACAUAUCAGAGAACUAUUUUUCUGGUGAGUUUCCGAAGUUCAUGUGCCAAAACAACAAUCUGCAGUUCUUGCUGGCUUUGAGCAACAACUUCUCAGGUGAAUUUCCCAGCUCUUACACUUCUUGCAAGACACUAGAGAGGUUUAGAGUAAGUCAAAAUCAGUUCAGUGGGAACAUUCCUCAUGGUAUGUGGGGAUUGCCUAAUGCUGUGAUAAUUGAUGUUGCUGACAAUGGAUUUGUUGGAGGUAUAUCUUCUGAUAUAGGCAUUUCAGCCACUCUAAAUCAGUUGCUUGUUCAGAACAACAACUUAUCCAGUAAACUUCCAAUUGAGUUGGGAAAUCUCUCUCAGCUGCAGAAGCUAGAUGCUUCCAACAACAGAUUCUCUGGCCAAAUCCCUGCACAGAUUGGUAAUCUGAAGCAACUUUCAUACCUGAAUUUGGAGCACAAUGCACUGGAAGAGUCAAUACCAGCAGAACUUGGUCUCUGCAACAGCCUAAUUGACCUUAAUCUUGCAGAGAAUUCUUUGUCUGGCAAAAUUGCAGACACACUUGGCUCCCUUUUGGUGCUGAAUUCACUCAACCUAUCUCAUAACAUAAUCUCUGGUGAAAUCCCUGGAGGACUGCAGUCGUUGAAGCUAAGUUAUGUUGAUUUCUCUCACAACAAUUUGUCUGGACCAAUCUCUCCACAGUUCUUGAUGGUAGCUGGAGAUGAUGCAUUUUCUGAAAAUUCUGACCUUUGUGUCAACGACACUUCAGAAGGUUGGCGGCAAUCUGCCACCAGUUUACCUUCUUGCCAAUGGACCGAAAACCAUCAUAACUUCUCACGGAGACGGCUUUUUGCUGUGCUGAUCAUGGUGUCAUCUUUGGUUGUUCUCUUAUCUUCAUUGGCAUGUCUGAGAUAUGAAAAUAACAGGCUUGAGGUUUUCAAUAGAAAGCAAGACACCGAGAGUGGUGAUGACAGUGUCUCAAAGUGGGUUGUCCAGUCCUUCCAUCCCCCAGAAGUCAUUCCAUCAGCUGCUUUGCCAGUUCCUAGGGUUGCAUAGCUCCUUGGCAACAGAGAAGAGCAGUGUUAACAGCCUUGUGUUGUAUUGCUAGAGUUGUUUACUGGGCGUAGCUCAGACAGACCAGCAGUUUAACAUUGAACUGGAUAUUGUGUCCUGGGUACCAUCGCAUUUUGGUGGAAAAAAAAUACUUCAGCUGUUCUUGUUCCAAAAGUUAGCUACUAUGUAUCAGAAGACAUGAUAAAAGAUCUCGAACAAUGCCCUUGUGUGCACUACUCAAGUGCCUUCUGGGCGAGAAGUGUGGAAAUGCUUAUCGACAUUGUCACUACUACGGUAACAUGGAGGGCAAAGAACAAGAAUAAUAAGUAGGGGCAGGUAACCUUUUCUUUGUAAGAUGCCACCAUCAACAAGAAAGGACCUUUAUGCGCCAGAUAGAAACACCCUGGAGCAGCCGAUUAGGACCUUAGAAUGUCUUACUAGUGAGCAUGAAGCCAGUAUACACUGUUAAUAUAAUUUGAAGGUGUAGUAGCCUCUCAUAGCUUGUCCAUAUAGGUCAUGUGCCAUGCAGUUUCUGUAUAAACUCAGUCCUGUACCUUGCACUUUCCGAAUUAAUGUUAUGAGCAUCAUUAUGAUAUGAUGUAAUGAACUGCAGUGAAAGGUCAUGAAAGUUAGCAGUCUUGACA